AUGAAAUCACCCUUCACUGAGGCCUGGCACCAAAGAGGAAAUUUGGAGGCCCAAGGCAAAGGCCUUGUUUGGCUACCCCUUGGGCCGGGCUUGCCUUUACUAACUGAAAUUUCAUUUGUGUUAUAUUCUGAAUGUGUUGGAUAUGCUAUGAGACUUGAAAAGCAAUGUGAAGUCCAAAACCAUGAAAUACAAGAGUGUGAACAUAAAAUUGAGGAGAGCUGGUCUGUGGCGAAAGAGGAAGCUGCUAAAUGCAAAGAAGCAAAAGAGGUCAUAAAAGCUUUGGCAUUAUGGCUUCACGCAUUACCAGGAAAAGAUAAUCAUGGAAUAGAGCUAAAAGUUGUGUUACAAGAAUUUCUUCCAAAUUUGGCACCUAAACAAACAAAAAUGAAUACUCCACGAAAUACCAACAUGGAUAGUCUAUCAAAUUCCCCUAUAGUAUUUUACAGUGCAUUAAGAUCUAAAUUAUGUAGAAGUAUGCUCCUCAAUAAUGAAAAAAUGAUGGACAACAACGCUAACCUCAUUAUACCAGAAUCUCAACAAGACACUGCAAAUGGCUUGAAGGUUGAAUGGGUAGAACAGUAUGAGAAUGGUGCUUACAUCACAUUGACAACCUCUCCAAGUGGAUAA